UGCAUUUAGAAAAUUAAGUUAGUUAUACUUAAAACUUAAGAAUUCAUUGAAUCAAUGUAAAGAGAAAAGGAAACGGAUAUCAAAAAUGGCAGGAAAUUUCAGUAAGCAAUCUCUUAAAAUCUUCACUAUGUUAUUUCUCGUUUGGAUUCCUCUAACCUACGCUUUCCCCUCACCCUCCUCCGAUGACAAUAUGGUGCACAAUAAUAACUACGAUAUGAUUAUGGCCGACGACCAUGAACCAGCCGAGUCUAUGCAUUUUCAAAAUUUCGACGGUUUCUUUAAUACCGAGGUAGAGGGCACUGAUGCCUUGUCUGAAAUGCAAAUGGAUGAAAGUCGUACUGCGUCUAAGAUUCGUGCACCGCAACCCUUGAAUGCCAAAGAGAAAGUUUUACGGGAACAUCUGGAAGAGUUUGAUGUACAGCGUGAAAAACGUAUACAAAGAUCAUUGACUAAAGGAUCGACCCGGCCACGUUCAAAUGUUAACGACUGGGAACAAUUCGAUUAUGAAAUGUUGGUGAAACAUCAUUAAAAAGAAGGAAUAUGAAAGAACAUUAUGUUCUAUGAGUUUUGUUAAAAUAAAUUGAGGGUUUGUUUUUGUUUUUUUAUUUUGUUUAUUUAUUAUUAAAUUAUUAAAUAAAGUUAAGUUUAUUAUUGUGUAAGUUGCAA